GACAUGGCAGUAUGGGUUAGAGCUUUAGUCUAUCUCGAUGGACGAAAAAAAAAACAUAACCUCUAAAUUCUAUUUAAUAUUCUAAUUAUAUUAUUGAAAUUUUCAAAAUGCAAUUAACUUUAAGACUAUUGGCUAACAGACAUCCGCCCUUCAUUGCCAGGACGGUAUUUGUGAAGAACAACAACGUAGACGAUGCUUGCAGGCUGGUCAACAGAAUCCUGGGCAAAGAAGGCAUCUUGGAGCAGUUCAGGCUAACCAGAUACUAUGAGAAACCUUUCCAGACGAGACGACGAAUCAACCAUGAAAAGUGCAAAGCGAUCUACAAUGAAGAUAUGGAGAGGAAAAUUCAAUUUGUGCUCCGCAAGAACAGACAUGAGCCAUUCCCUGGAUGCCACUAAUGACCUAUAAAGAUUAUCUUUUCAAUUAACAACAAAUGCGCCCAUAUCCAUGUAAAGGGUUAACUCUAAUAAUAUCAGCCACCACCAUAGAUGAUAGGUGAUGGAUCUAGAGUAUCAAUCUAAAUGUAGAGUAGGUUACCUAAGAUUUUGUAAAGGACACUAAGCAUGAUGAGCUUGUACAUUGACCUGGCAUUUGUUUUCUCUAUUGCACGCACAUAAUUAUAUUGCUGUCCCGCUUACACAGUGGCAAUGACCACCAAAACAAUGGGUGGGACAGCAAUAUAAUCAUGCGAUAGAGAUAGAAACAGGCAGGCCAAUGUAUGAAAUUCUCUGUGCUUGGCAUCCUUAAUUUACAUUAUGGUUUUUAAGUAGUCUUGUCUAAAUCCAUCAGUAACACGAGAAUAACGUAAAAAAUGCAGGGAAAGGAAAGUGUGAUUCGCUGUGCCAAUGCUCCGGUUACAGUAAUUUUGGAGUUUCUAUACAAAGGGAAUGUAUAUGAGGUGUAGUAUGCUGAUAUAUUUAUAAUGGAAUCUAAGUAUACUCGAAAAUUGUUGUUAAAGAGCCCUUUAAGCCUGAUUGCAUUUGUUGUUAAUAAUAAAAUGUAAUAAUAUUUAGCAAUUAGAAUUAGAAUAAUGUAAAUAAAACACUCAUAAAAAAGACA